AUGAAGUUCACCACACUCACCGGGCUCUUCGCCCUCCUCACAACCGCCAUCGCGAACCCCAUCUCCUCAGAACUCACCACCAACCUCGCCAAACGCGCCACCGAAGGCAUCCAUCUCGUCAACUGCGGCAACAACGUUUACUCCGUUGUUGUAUACUGUCCCAACGACGGUGAUUGCAACCACGACCCCGGCGCGGGGAACGGCUGCGAUCAUCCGAACGGAGGAACGUUUACCUGGGAAGGCUCGCAGCAGAAUUGCAAAUUUGAUACUGGGACCACGCUUACGUGGAAUAUUGAGAGCAAUGCUCAGUCUCAGCCGAACUUCGCGCAGGUUGGGACUGGGAGUAAUGGGUUCCAUAACUUUAAUAUCUUUAAAGAUGAUAAGCAUACUAUGUUUACUGAUGGAAAUAAGAAUCAGUGUAAUAGCAUUUACUAUGCUCUUGAUGUGAGUUAG